ACUCUCAGAACUUCACCGACCUCCGGCAAGGUGAGUGCUACAGUGCUACACUAAUCUUCGACCGCAAGUUCCAGAGGACUUCCCGUGACACGUGUCCGAGUUUCAUAUUCGAAACUUUACGGAUCGGGGGCGCAAGCGUAUUCGGUUCUUAUCUGGCGAAAGAGAGGCGCGGCUAUAACCAUGGAUCCCAGUGUGCUCGCAAACAUGGACAAGGACGCGUUGAAGAAGCAGAUCGAGAACAUGAAGUACCAAGCCAGUAUGGACCGGUGGCCCCUGUCGAGGAGCAUUGCCGCGAUGAGGGAAUACGUGGAAGAGAACGAGAAGACUGACCCGCUGAUACACGCGCCCGACAAGAAGAACAAUCCAUGGGCCGAGAAAGGCAAAUGUAUAAUCAUGUAAUCAGGACGUAGAACCAACGGUUGAUGGGGGCGGAUGAGGGGAGGGGAAGAAGGAGGAGGACGGAGGGAGGUAACAUCGAACAAAGGAAGCGGAUCGUUUAGCCGCGUUUUAAAAGAAAACGGAAAACGGAGCAAAAGAGAGACACGGUGUAUCGAAGAGAAACGAUGAGGUAAAAAGACGAGGACUAGGACAACUAUUGCUGAGGAAUCGACAGAAUGAUCGAUACGUCAGACGAAGCGUCAGGCGCAUGUACCAAAAGGGCACAACAGGAGAUGCUGAAGUUAGGAAGGAGCGACGUCACACUCACUAGCAGGAGCAAAUUGUUCAACAGUCUAAUUCUUCGCGGUUACCUGUUCGUAGUAACUUUCCCGUUCGGCAUGCAAACCCAACGAGAGCAGCGUUUGAACUUGGUUGGAGCUCUCCUCGUUUCCGAUCUCUGCUGGAGCUGAAUCUCGAGAUCGAUGAUCGAACAGUGUACGGACUCGCGCGAGGACAAAGCCACGCGAAAAGUAUUGUGUAUCGACAGACGUAUACCUACUUCCUUGUCUGGUUAUGCCAGACGAAAUACUUUUACCGUUUUCGAUGUGGAAUUGGCGGUAUAGAACUUUUUCUGUCGUCACAGGAACACUAACCAAUCGAGAACAGGCGCCAGUCGAGGUAGACGCGCGUGGGACUGCUCGCUGUCGAAUGUUGCAUGACGCGUGAUGGCUGAUAUUAUAUUCAUACGUAGGCUGUGGAUGUUUGUGCAAAUUCAUAUUUUUAUCGAUUCGUAUAGAGAAUGAUAAUUUUAAUGGAAAUAUGUUUUAUCUUCUAAAUGCUAAAAGGUGUAUUAUCGUUGAUAUUUUAUAUAUUUUUGCAUUUCUGCAUAUUUUUAUAGAUUUAUUAAUAUUUUUAUUUUCUAUGAAUGCAUACGUCCACAGGCUACUCGUAUUUAUGUUACACCUAUCCUCUGACUUACAAAAUCAUGGCUUUUUGUAUCAAAAAACAUGUGAAUUGAAAAACGAAAAGAAAAUUGAGGCAUUUGACCAACUAAAUUUAUCUCAUGUGAGAGAAAUAAAAGAACAUCAGUCCAAUCAUGAAUGACAAAAACAUAAAUAUGUUUAUGUAUAUUUUAUUUUUUCAAUUUUCAAUACCUGGGAAAUUAUAAUCGAAUUAUAAAAAUGCUGCAAAAACUAAAGGUAUGUAUCACUAACCACUGAACGCAAAGUUUUAAAAAUGUUUUAUUACAAAUAGCGUAACGAUAUCGACCUUACUGCCCUAAUUAAUAUAAAUGAUUAUUGUGUAGCCAAAAACGACACUAAAAAAUUGACUUGUUUUCAAUGCUUUCCACUGUUAAAAAUCCAUUAUAUUGAAAGACGUGUAAUAAAGUACCGUGUAAAUCGGGGGUUUAGGUGUAAUUGGUUGAAACUUUCACGUUGUACGUCUUUCUUUCUUUCUCUCGCGAGUAAGCGAGCGAGCAAGCGGCGACUCUCGUGAAUCUCAGCCAAGGACGGAAAAAAAGCAGAGACUGAACAAAUUUACUCGAACUCGAUCAACGCUUCUCGAAUAAUCGAUAGAAUAAUCGAAAGCAAAGGCCGACUGUCGCGAAACGAAAAAAAAAAAUGAUUCGGAUGAGUUUGGGUUCCGUUCGAGCACUUUCGCCUCGUCGUUGUUCUGAACUUGUUGAUAUAAUCGAUGUUACGCGUCGACCACCAUGUGCAAUUCUUACCUGCUACUAUUGAAAACUCUUUGAAUCGUUCAUUACUUCAUUAAUGAUUUACCUUAAGUAUACAGUGUAAUCUAAUAUCAUUAUAUGUACACGCGUUACAUCAUAUGUCGUACGAUUAAUACACUAUGGAUAUUUGUGCGGAUUUCUUACGAAAAUAUAAUAUAUUCAUAUCAUUUAAAAUGUACCCUUGUAUCCUGCGUUCUAUCCUAUAUGACUGUCGGUAUUUUACUUUGCUAUUUCGUAGCUUUCGUUUCGCAUAUAUUUAGGAAGAUUACGAAUUGAGUAAUUGCUGUGUAUAUGGGACAGAGGCACUCAAUCCUUUGCUGACGGUGUCUUGUUGUUAAUACUUGACAAAAUACUUUUACAUUUUUAAAUUACAAACACGCUGGUUUCGAAUUUUAUAUUAAUCAUUGUAUAUAUUAGGGCUUAUUUAUAUAAUUUGAAUUAUUCUAUAAUUACUGUAAGAUAUUCUUGUGAUUCUCUAAAAGGUCGAAUAUAAUUGUUUCAACUUGAAAAAAUUAAAUGAAUUGUCAAUAACUUCAAUCACUAAGUUUCAUUCAUAUUUUGGUUCGACUAAGAUAACUGAAACUUUACAUCAACAGCGUAUGUAACAAUUCAUUGAAUUAAAAUAAAAUUUGUACAUUG